AUGUCGAACCCUCUCGACACAGACGCCGGCUCGGAGAUGUUCGCCAGCUAUGAGAAUGAGCUGAAGCUCGUCCAAGCGGAUCUGAACCAAAAGCUCGACCAGAUCGCCGAAGCCAGCGGCGAGCAGCGCAAGGCCGCAAUCCGGUCCGCCGAGCAAGUGCUCGACGAAGCAACAGAGUUGCUGGACCAACUGCGAAUGGAAAAGCAAAACAUCCCAUCAGCAGCACGAUCCAAAGUCAACAUGCGCUUCCGGAACUACUCAACAGACGUCGACGAGAUCAAGCGCAAGCUGAAGUCUCUCUCCGACGACCGCAAAGCGCUAUUCGGCGACCGGUACACCGACGACCCCAUCGACGAGCAACAGGAGCAGCGCCAGCAGCUACUGUCGGGGACUGAUCGGCUGGAGCGCAGUUCGGCGCGGCUGCAGGCGAGUCAGCGACAGGCGCUGGAGACGGAGGACGUGGGCCGUAAUGUGCUGUCGGAUCUGUACGGACAGCGGCAGACGAUCCAGCACACGCGGGACAAUCUGCAGCAGAGUGAGGGAUACGUGGACACUAGCAUCAAGACUUUGAGGGGCAUGGCCCGUAGGAUGGCUACGAAUCGGAUGAUCACUAUCGCUAUUAUCACGGUCCUCGUCCUUUUGAUUUUCGCAGUGAUUUACGGCAAGUUCCAUUAG